CAGCGGCUCUGCUCGUCGCGAACAACUUGUUGUAGCUCCGGCUGAGAGAGUGGCCGUUUGUCCGGGCUGAGGACAAACCACUCAUUCCUCACCAAGGUUCAGUCCGCGGCAUGAGUGUUUCAUCGGAAUGUGUCUUGUCGCAGUUUGUCCGAAAAGUGCUCCCAACAAGGCUGCAGUUCCAGCGAUGUGAUUUACGACGACAUGUUUGGGCUCCAUACAGUCAGCAACGUGAUUUGCUAUGGUGAUACCACGAGCUAACAGUCAGCUAGCCGAACCGAGGGGUUGUUCUGGACCAUUCCCUGUCGAUGAACUCCACUGAUACACAUGGUUUGCACCGUUUCUUUGCUGUUUGCCGCUGGAUUAUAGCAGGGGAUGUCGAAUCAAGGAGUCAGGCGGAAUGGCCCAGUAAAGCUGCGGUUGACAGUCCUCUGUGCAAAGAACCUGGCAAAAAAGGACUUCUUUCGGUUGCCUGAUCCCUUUGCUAAAGUGGUCGUUGACGGCUCAGGACAAUGUCACUCUACAGAUACUGUAAGAAACACCUUGGAUCCAAAAUGGAAUCAACAUUAUGACCUAUACAUCGGUAAAGCUGAUUCGAUUACAAUCAGUGUUUGGAACCACAAAAAGAUCCAUAAAAAGCAAGGCGCUGGCUUUCUUGGAUGUGUGCGCCUCUUAUCCAAUGCCAUCAAUAGACUCAAAGACACUGGCUAUCAGAGGCUAGACCUGAAUAAGCUUGGUCCAAAUGACAACGAUACUAUCAGAGGGCAGAUAGUGGUAAGUCUUCAAUCCAGGGAUCGUAUUGGUUCCGGAGGACCAGUCGUAGAUUGCAGUCGCCUAUUUGACAACGAUUUACCUGAUGGGUGGGAAGAGAGGAGGACAGCCACUGGUCGGAUCCAGUACCUCAAUCACAUAACACGGACAACACAAUGGGAGAGACCCACCAGGCCGGCUUCCGAGUACUCCAGUCCUUCGGGGCGUCCCCUGAGCUGUGUUGUGGAUGAGAACACCCCAGUUAUGACCCCAAUCAACGGGGCAGAGGCCAAUGGUCCACCAGGGGAACAGCGGCUCCAAGAGAGACGGGUUCGAUCCCAACGCCAUCGUAACUACAUGAGUCGAACACACCUGCAUACCCCACCUGACCUACCGGAGGGUUACGAGCAAAGGACCACCCAGCAAGGCCAAGUUUACUUCCUGCACACACAGACCGGUGUCAGCACAUGGCAUGACCCCCGGGUUCCCAGGGAUUUAAGCAACGUCAACUGUGAGGAGCUUGGCCCCCUCCCUCCAGGCUGGGAGAUCCGAAACACAGCCACAGGUCGCGUCUACUUUGUCGACCACAACAAUCGGACCACGCAAUUCACAGAUCCUCGGCUUUCUGCUAACCUGCAUUUAGUUCUGAAUCCCAGUCCAAAUGGAUCCCGUGUCCCCAUGGAAAGCCAAAACACUAACCCAAGCCAUCCCAUCCAGUCGAAGGGCCAGGGUGGUCCCGGUGGUCCCCUACCAGCUCCUUCCCCGUCCCAGUUGCCAGAAGAAGCCGAGUGUCUGACGGUGCCCAAAUACAAGAGAGACCUGGUGCAGAAGCUGAAGAUCCUGCGCCAGGAGCUGUCACAGCAGCAGCCGCAAGCCGGCCACUGUCGCAUCGAGGUCUGCCGUGAAGAGAUAUUUGAGGAGUCGUACCGGCAGGUGAUGAAGAUGCGACCGAAGGAUCUUUGGAAGAGACUGAUGAUAAAGUUCAGAGGUGAAGAAGGACUGGACUAUGGCGGCGUUGCCAGGGAAUGGUUGUACCUGCUCUCCCAUGAGAUGCUGAACCCCUACUACGGCCUGUUCCAGUACUCCAGGGACGACAUCUACACUCUGCAGAUCAACCCGGAUUCUGCUGUCAAUCCAGAGCACCUGUCCUAUUUCCACUUUGUGGGUCGGAUCAUGGGCAUGGCGGUGUUUCACGGUCACUACAUCGAUGGCGGCUUCACACUCCCGUUCUACAAGCAGCUGCUGGGCAAACCCAUCACACUGGACGACAUGGAGUCCGUGGACCCGGACCUCCACAACAGCCUCGUCUGGAUCCUGGACAAUGACAUCACUGGUGUCCUGGACCACACCUUCUGUGUGGAGCACAACGCCUACGGAGAAAUCAUCCAGCACGAGCUGAAACCCAACGGCAAGAGCGUCCCUGUCACCGAGGACACCAAGAAGGAGUAUGUCAGGCUCUACGUGAACUGGCGCUUCCUUCACGGCAUCGAGGCUCAGUUCCUAGCUCUGCAGAAGGGCUUCAACGAGGUCAUCCCCCAGCAUCUGCUCAAGUCCUUCGACGAGAAGGAGCUGGAGCUGAUCGUGUGCGGCCUGGGCAAGAUCGACAUCUCCGACUGGAAGUCCAACACCCGCCUCAAGCACUGCACCCCCGACAGCAACAUCGUGAAGUGGUUCUGGAAGGCUGUGGAGUCCUUCGACGAGGAGCGGCGGGCGCGGCUGCUGCAGUUUGUCACCGGCUCCUCCAGGGUUCCUCUGCAGGGCUUCAAGGCGCUCCAGGGCGCCGCCGGACCCCGGCUCUUCACCAUCCACCAGAUCGAUGCCAACGCCAACAACCUUCCUAAAGCACAUACCUGCUUCAAUCGCAUCGACAUUCCUCCCUACGAGAGCUACGACAAGCUGUACGACAAGCUGCUGACGGCCAUCGAGGAGACGUGCGGUUUCGCCGUGGAGUGAGUGGCGGCGUCCUUCCGUCUCCCUCCGUCUGCCGCUUUUCCACCGUUUCAGGUCGAGUCACGACACGCAGGUGUUGGUCAGUCGUCACUUUUCACCCGUCUGCUUCUUGUCACGCUUCUGUUGUCACGUCAGAGGACGACGUCUUCGUUUUCAUUCUCUCAACCGGACGCUUGUGUGAAGGCCGGCGUCCUUCACCGUCCAAAACCCUGAAGUGGACCAGCUGAGCGCUGGCCGAACAAACAAGGACACAGGGAGGAAAAUGGGUUUGAUUCUCGCUCUGGCUGAGCGGCGUGUCGGACUGUGGCUCGCAGUUGGGACCCUCACCACCCGGAGAAACAAGCAGGACAAGUUUGUUUUGAAACAGAGUAUGAAUCUAACAGGGGGGAGGCGGAGUUUAGCUGUCAGUGGCCGUGCUGAUGGGUCAUUUAUCCCCCUGGCUUUGGACCGUCAGGCGCUGAGAACUGUGAGUGUUGAGGGACCGAUAUCUGGAGCCACGCGGCCACAGAUCCAUCCUACCUCAGCAUGCGGAGCGUGGUGUUCAGUUCAAUCCAGUCUUCCUCCGUCUCGCACAUUUAAGCAGUCGUCCCUGAAAACAUAUCUUGUAUACACUCACACACACACACGUGUACAGCUUCAGUAUAAAUGUAUACGCCUCUUUUUUUUUUGUUUUGUUUUCACUGAGUGAAUGUGUUCGCAUGGUCUCAGGUUUGGAGAGUUUGGUCUGAUGCUCACAUCUUUUCUGGAUUGAAGUCUGUCGCUGCUCUCACACUGGAGUCAGUGUCGAGUCAGCAUUUUUUUUAACCAAUAGCUUUUUAUCUUCACACUCCAACUGACACCGUCGUCUUCAAGUUCUGUUCGCCCCCAGAAUGGCGUCACGACACCAAGGAUCGUGUGUACAAAGCGUAUUAUUUUUGUUUCAUUUACAAUCUGUAUAUUUAUUAUUACAGUUUGUGUGUUUUCCAUCAGCUGCUCUGUGAGUGUGUAGCAACACCCGUGCUAAAGUAGUUCCCUUGUUCCCUCGCAGAAAGCUGAGCAAUAAAACGGUGCUGUUCGGACCUGACAGCAUUAUAUUUGAUACGAAUGUGUUUGUGUACUCUUGAGUGUGUUUAUUUACACGCUGGAUGACUUGUAGUUGCCCGGAAACACGCGAGGCCAAAGUAAAUUUGAAGACGCCGCCAGAUUAAAAAAUGUUUCUAAUUUGGACAUUUUUCUCUGUAAAGACUCGAAUGAGGUGUGAACAGAUGAGUACAGAAGAAAAAUAGGAGAAAUAUAUUCCCUGAUUUUUGGUGGCAAUA